GGCAUUUUACAAUUUCCACAGUUAAUUAACAGAAAAAAAUAUAUUUAAUUACAAUUUUCAUCUGGAUUUUUAUAAAGCUCCAUAUAAAAUUUUAGUUUAAUUUUGUUUACAAUUAAUAAGUGAAAAUAAGGCAGGGAAACAAGAAUUUCAAAAACAUAAACAAUAACAUCUAGUUUGAAAAUGCUAAGAAAAUCUGCAACUAAAGACGCUCAUAUUGUGAAAAUUGCAGUUGAAUUUGAAGGGCAAAUUGCUCAGUUAAUUAAAUUGGAUCAACUACAACCCUUGGCCGGUAAAAUCCAGGAACUAUGUAAUAAUUGGAAUAUAACAGACCCUGAAAACUAUGCUUUACAAUUUGGAGAACAGGCAAAUUUUAAAUAUGUCACCGAAAAAAACAGAGGAGAAAUAAAAAACGGUUCUGUUUUACGUUUACAUUUAUCCCCAGCAAAAAUUACAUCUGAUAUUUUAAAGACAUUACAUUCGCAAUCCUCUAAUGAAAAAAUAAAAUGUUUACAAGAUUUAGCACAUCUCAGUAUAGACUUAACUUUUGUUCUAGAAUUUAUAAAAGAACAAGGUCUGGGCAUUAUAAUAUCUAUGAUUGAGAAUCCAAAAAGUGAUAUUCAAAUAUUAAAAUAUAGUUUAAAAAGCUUUGUGGAGUUGAUGGAACAUGGAAUUGUUUCAUGGGAAAUUUUGGAAACAACUUUCAUAUCGCGAAACAUAUUAAUUAUUCAGAACUUCAAAGACUAUCCGCUAGAAUGUAUUGAGUGUGCUUUGUCAAAUUUGGAAAAUAUAGUUCAAAACAGUACCAUUACUAAAAAAUAUUCAUUGAUUGAAAAAGAUGUAACGCUUGAAAAUAUCCUUCGAAUAAUAGAAUUGUCAGAUUCUUCUGUUGCACAGCAAAACGCUAUUGCUUUAGUGAAUGCCCUUUUUUCAAAAGGAGAUGAAACAAGAAAAAAACAAAUUGCUAAUGCAUUUAGUACUGAACAUUUUCGAAGUAUUAUAUUAAAAAAUUCAAUUAAUACUAGUAAUGUCGGAACUGAAAUGGCCCAUCAGUUAUAUGUUCUUCAGACACUUUUACUUGGGCUCUUAGAAAGUAGAAUGCGAACUAUGAUGAAUGCAACUGAUCAUGAUUCAAUGGAAAAAAUAAUGGAUUUGAGAAGAAUAGCUUUUGAUGAAUUUUCUAAUGACAAAAAGUUUAAUAAUCUCAACUCAAAUCAAAACCAAGAAGAUAUUUCAGUGCGACGCGGUGUGCUUGUAAAUUUUUCACAAUAUUACAAAAAGUUGGGGUUUAAAUCAGAUAUCAAUCCUGCACAGGAUUUUAUUGAAACACCACCAGGAGUGUUAGCUUUGGAUUGUAUGAUUUAUUUUGCAAAAAACUACCAAAAACUUUAUAUUAAAACUGUGCAUGAAAGCUAUACUUUUAGAAGUGAUGAACAUGAAUGUCCUUUUGGAAGAACAUCAAUCGAGCUAGUUAAAUUACUAUGCGAUAUCCUAAAAAUUGGAGAGCCCCCUGCCGAACAUUCAAAUAAAUUCCAUCCUAUGUUUUUUACGCAUAAUCAUCCAUUUGAAGAAUUGUAUUGCAAAUGUAUAGUAGUGCUAAAUAAAACUUGGAAAGAUAUGAGAGCAACACCAGAAGAUUUUCACAAAGUAUUUAGCGUUGUUCGUGAGCAAAUAACGCGCACCUUAAAAACAAAACCAGCAAAUUUUGAAGAAUUCGAAAAAAAAAUUAGUGAAUUGAACUAUCAAACAAUAACAGCAUUAAAGCAACAAGAGCGAACUUCAAAAGAGGAGUGUGAAUCUACGGCACCAUCUAUUAUUGCGUUGAAAGAAAAAAUUUCACCAGAAAUUUUGGACUUAAUAAAACAGCAAAGGUUAAAUUUUUUAACUGCAGGAAGCCGAUUUUCUAAAUAUACCAGAGGAACACGAAAUAAGGAUAAAUUUUGGUAUGCACGUUUGUCUUCGAAUCAAAAAAUCAUUCACUAUGGUGAUUGCGACGAAAAAUCCGUCCCAACUAUUGAUGAAUUAGCAAAUAAAGUUGCUGUUACUGAUAUAAAACAGCUUUUAGUAGGGAAAGAAUGUCCACAUAUGAAGGGAAGAAAAUCUGUUGGAAAUUUAUGUUUUUCAAUUGUGUUUGAUAAUAUGGAUUUAGCUACACUUGAUUUCGUUGCACCAGAUGAAAAGACGUUUAGUUAUUGGACAGAUGGUAUAAAUGCUUUGAUUUUGCAGGACAUGUGCAGUCAAGAAAAAAAUCAAGAUUUCAAACUAUUAUUAUCAAUGGAAAUCAAAUUGAGAUUACUAGAUUGUGAAGGAAUUGACUUAAGCAAUGAUCCUCCGAUAACACCAGAAGAACCAGAAAAUUACGAUUUUUGUUUUGAAAACUAAAUGUAUUAAAAAGUACCAAA